AUGGAAAAAGUGGUUGAUCUCUUCGGUAGUACCCAGAAACUCUACGAAGGAGGCAACGAUCUCAGCCAGAUCCAACAGGGACUGUUCAUAGGAUCAGUAGCUGAAGCGAAUAAUAAGGAUCUGCUCAAAAGCUCAAAUGUCACUCAUAUCUUAACUAUAGCCGUUGCCUUGGCUCCUCCUUACCCUGAUGAUUUCGUCUACAAAGUCAUCGAAGUGGUUGACAGAUCGGAGACCGAUUUGACAGUAUAUUUCGAAGAGUGUUUUAGCUUCAUGGACCAAGCUAUUCAAUCUGGUGGUGGUGUUUUGGUCCAUUGCUUCAUGGGAAUUUCUAGAAGUGUGACUAUAGUGGUGGCUUAUCUGAUGAAAAAGCAUGGGAUUGGAUACUUUAAAGCUAUGGAACUUGUGAGGAGUCGAAGAGCUCAAGCCUCGCCUAAUUUUGGUUUCAUUUCGCAGCUCCAGCGAUUUGAGAAAUCCAUCCAAGUACAUGAUGAGGAUUCAGCUGAUAAAAAGAUAGUGUCAUGA